AUGAACAACAAUUACUCACCAACCGGCUUGCUCCAUUCUCAAGCUCAUGACUUUACCUUCUGCGUUUUCAGUUCAGUUGAAGGAAAUGAGACACCCCAGGUGAGAGACAGUGAUAAAGCAAGGACCUUUGUGGUGAGUGAGGAACCCUUUUGGUGUGGGAGAGAGCGUUGCAGUUUUAAUAGCUGGAGUAAGAGAAUCUGCAAGCAAAAGCCUUCUUCUUGGGGUGGCAAAGAUGAAGGUGGGCCUAUAAGUGGUAAGAAAAUGAUGGAGGGUUUGAUGAAUCAAACUUUUCCCGUUGAGGAAGACAAACCCCUGUUACAAACUGAAGAGGAAACAAUCGAAACGAUAAUGAUGAACAAUGAAGUUGUUCCAAGCACUGCAAGGAAACUCACGAGUGCUACCACUUCAGCUGAUGAGAAACAAGUGGUAACUAGCACUGGAAACAGAGAACAUCAUCACAAAGCAGAAGCAGAUCCAAGAAGCAGCUAUUACGUGGAAAAGAAAGAAGAAAAAUACGACAAAAACCAGCUUUUUCCACCCAUGUUUCCCUACCCAUAUCCAUAUUCUUUUCCAUUUCCACGUCCAUUGUUUCCACGUCCCUUUCCACUUCCAUCACCAUACGUUCCAGGGUUUCCAUGGCCAGGAGACGUUCCUUCAUUUCCAUUUCCUCCUGUAGGAAUCACUGAUGCUUACUUCCCUGCUCAUUCUCCACCUACCUAA